UUGUUGGAAGUGGCACAGACAAUGUUGAUGGCUGGCAUUCUUGUUGGUUGUCUCUUAUUUGGACCUUUUGCUGAAUCGUUUGGCCGUAAACGAGCAGCUCAGAUUCCAGUCAUUGUGAUGCUCAUAUUUACUGUAACAACUGGAUUAUCUCCAAACUUUUAUUUAUAUUUGGCAUCCCAGUUCAUUAUGGGAAUUGGCUACGGAGGUUUUCGACUGAACGGCGUCAUAUUAGCUACUGAGUGGAUUGGGGUGUCCAAAAGAUCAUGGGGAUCAUGUGUGACUCAGGUAUUUGGUGCAGUUGGACAGUGCGUCCUCGCUGGUGUGAUCUACUUCAUCAGAGACUGGAGACUAGCUCAACUAAUCACAGUAGCUCCACUUGCAGUUGUUGCUGUUUACAUAUGGUUUAUUCCAGAGUCAGCCAGGUGGUUGUUAAGCAAAGGAAGGACAGAAGAGGCUAAACAGCUGAUUACCAAAGUGGCAGCCAUCAACAAACGCACUGUUCCAGAGUCUCUGCUGGACAAGAUUGUUGAUAAAGAAACUGAGAAAAAGGGAGGCAUAAUAAUCCUUUUGCAAUCAUCUGUGCUUAGGAAGUAUUUCUUUACCAUAAUAUUGGCAUGGUUCUCCUUGAAUGUUACCUACUACUGCCUUUCAUUCAAUGUGGGAAAUUUUGGCUUGGACAUCUUCCUGACGCAGCUCAUGUUUGGUCUGACUGAACUACCAGCUCAUAUACUUUGCAUCUGGCUGUUAGAGGCACUGGGGAGGAAAGUGUCACUGAUGUCAACUCUUCUGAUUGGGGGAUUGUUGUGCAUCUUAAUCCUAGCUGUUCCUCAAGGUAACGCCGUGGCUGUUACCACGUUAGCAACCUCAGGACGUUUUUUCAUGAACUGGGCAGGAUCCAUAUGCAAUGUGUAUGUUCAGGAGCUGUUCCCAACAUCUUUUCGACAAACAGCCUCUGGUUUGGGCUCCAUUGCAAGCAGAGCUGGAGGCUUGCUGUCCCCGUUGCUCAACAUGUUGGCCGUGUACCACUGGUCCCUACCCACCAUCGUUUUCAGCAGCCUUUCACUGAUCAGUGGAGCUCUCAGCUUCCUGCUUCCUGAGACCAGGAGAAAAGAGCUUCCUGAUUCAACAGUUGAGGCUGAGGGCAACAGAAAUAAGACAACCCUGAAGAAUCAACGUGAAUCAAACAAGCCUGCACAAAGCAAAUCUACCAAACUGUAGUCCCAAUACUUACAGUAUAUUACUUAACACUCCAUUGGUGUUGUUGUGCCACCCUCAGGCCAAAUGUCAGCACACAAGAUAUCUCAAAAUCUAAUCAGCUGAUAGCUCUGGAAGUUACCGAAAACAUUCAUGCUCAGAGAUACACCCUUUUAAUAUGAAUGACACGUUGGCUUACCUCUUGGCAUCGCUCAGGACAAACUAUAUUUUCAGUCAAUCAGUCAGUUUUUACCUUAAACUAAUACAGUAGCAUGGUAGCCUACUUCAAUUAGUAACUGUUUUCUGAGAUCUACUUUCUACUGAAAUAUGAUUGCCGUCGCACUCAAUAAAAACUCUUCACAGUGUGAUCUGUGGAUUUUUCAAAACGAAAGGCACAUUGUGGGAAAAUAAGCCUGCUGUAAAUCAUAUUAUUUUUUUUAUCCUUUUGGGAGGCUCAAACCAAAUACAAUUAACCUCCCUUGUAUUGGG